AUGUCUUUACCAGUUCAGCCAACUCCGACUAUCCUCCUUCCUCAUUUUCCCCCAAAGACAUUCGUCGGCAUCGACCUUAUAACCUUCAACUCAACUGCGAAUUUCCACGGAAUCAGAGACCUUCCAAGUGGAUGGCAUUUUCUUUACACUAGCACAACGGAAAGCCUAUCCUUACGCUCAGGGGCAUGGUUUUACAUUGGAGAUAUCACCGCGAUCGGCUAUGGGCACCAUGACUCUGCAGUCGUACUACACAAGUUAAAAAAAGCUCAGAACAACGGCCCAGAGAUCUACAUCUGGAAAUGGAGCACAGAUACAGAGUCCCUCGCCUCACUAAAGGGCGACAAUGACACGGACUGCCAAGAAGCCAUGCGCCACAAAGCAAAUCUAGGUACAAUCUGGCAAAGUGGAGGUUUAUUCCGGUAUCGAAGCCGGGUGUCCAAGUCCAUGAUGGCCAAUGCAGAAGCAACAAAGGACGGAGAAGCAGCGCAGCUUGAAGAGGACGAAGAAAGCGAGGCGAACGGUCGCAGAGAUUGGCGGCGUCUGACUGAUCGAAUCUCUCCUGAUGUCCUGACGCGGAUGAUUGGAAAUCCGAAUUAUGACGUUGAUGCGCAUCCGCGAUGGAUGGUCACAUCUGCUAGCACGGCCAAUCGCGAUGCCGAUCAUAUACCUGGACUCGAUCCGCGCAAAGUGGGAGAGGACGGCGUGCCAGAGACGAUUGGUGAACAGGAACGGGAGUUUGGAUUCCUUCCCAUCGACCUGAAACAAACCUGGCGAGAGGGCGCUAUCGGGCGUGAACGGACGGAAGCAGCCCAGGAUCGGUCAUGGGCAUUAGGGGAGUUGAUGGAGCGAUUCUCCAAGUACCAGGAUCCGGUUACAAAGGAAUCGGUAUCAGAUGAGGACUUAGGAGAGACGCAUUUGCUCGGAGAAUUACAAUUCACAUUCUUAAUGGUGUUGACCAUGAUGAAUUAUUCUUGUUUGCAGCAGUGGAAGCGGCUGCUUGGGCUUGUGUUAACGUCUCGUGCGGCUAUUGUCGAGAAAGAAGGGUUCAUGAGUGAGUUUUUGGCUUUGCUAUUGCGGCAAUUGAAACGAUGCGACGAUGUCGAAGGUGGAUUAUUUGAGAUGGACGGGGAUGAUGGCGGUGCUUUCCUCCGGAAUUUACUGAAAAGGUUCCGUCGAAUGGUAUACCAAGCCGUGGAAGAGGACAAGGGUUUUUUAGUGAAGCAGGAGCUUACGAAAUUGGAGGUUUGGGUGAAAGAGGAGUACGAUUGGGAACUGACCCACGAGAGUAUUGUCAAGCGUGGUAUGAUUCAACUGGAAGACGGUGAAGAAGUCGAAAUAGACAUGGAUGACAAUGACGAGGACGAAGAGACUGGCGAGUACGCGCCCAUGAUUGUUGAUUCAGAGGAAGCCACUCUUUAG